UGCAGCUAGCAGCGCAGGGGUUCGAAGUUCGGCACACGUAUAUGGUUGACGCUCCCACAUCGCUGCGAAGCACAUCGAUGAGAAGUACAUUGGCUAUAGGCCGAUAUUUCAUUGAAAUCUUCAAAAUAUGAAAAAUCUGACUACCUAAGUUACGGCAUAGACUGUUCGUUCCUGUAUUUUGCUGGACAUUAGAAUUACCAAAGUUACAGCAUAGCUUGUUCGUUCCUGUAUUUUGCUUGAAGUUAGACUUCCCGUAAACAAAGAAGAACAGGUGCAAGCCCGAUAUGAGCCUCUAAUGGAAGCAGAUGAUGAUGAUGAUGAUGAUGAUGACAAUAGCAAUAAGAACAUCAAAACCUUCAAGCAGACAAGGCAAGUUAAGGGAGCAAGGAAGAGAUUCUGCUAAGCACUCCAACCGAAGAACGUGUAAUAUUCUGGGAAAGAUGAAGGAUUUGAGACGGUACAGAGUUCAUGCAGGAGGCAAACAAAGGAACAAGAAAGGUCAGCCGACGUACCAUGAUAGAAGGGAAGAGAGGAUAACAUUAGGACGUUAUCUGCUGAACCGAUUGAUGCAUGUUGACAACAGAUGUCAAAAGGGAGGAGAAUGUUUAUCUGAUAUCUUAGAAAAGCAAGAAGGAAAGAAUAAAGGGUACCAACAAGAACCCAAACACCAACAAUGUGAUAACUCCUCUUGGGGAUUACUGCCUGACUUGCGGUUAUUAGACCGCUUUUCAUCUAAUGAUUUGGGACCAUGUAGGAGUGUGCAUAGUGUACAAAGCCAUUCAUUUAUGCAGUUUCACUCCAUUGGUUUGUAUUGAUGAAAUUUAUAUCCAAUCCCAAUCGGUGCCAUACAAGCCUGGUGUCUGUAAAUGCUCCUGUGAGUAAUGUGCUGACCAGGUUUAUCCCUCAAAUUGUUAGUGAACGGAGCAGCUGGAGGAUCCCAGCCCUUGGUGAUAAAUGCUGGGUAUUGUGGUGAAUAAUAAUGUUUAAUAUCAUCAAAACACUUGUCUACAAACAGGAAAAACAAUUUAGAAAUUUGUUUUAUUGACAAGAUUUGAUGAUGAUAACUUAUGAAAUUUAGAUAAUUGAAAAUGUGUCACAGAUAUGUAAUCCCCUCUCACCCAUAUUUAGUGUUUGUCGUCCAGUUAAUCAUUUGUCGUCCAGUUUAUCAUUACUCUAAACAAAAGACUUUAAUGAAGAACACACCUUCAAGACAAGGAUUGACUAACUCCUCACUACUUGCGCACUUAUUUCAAAGAAAAACGUUUAUCAACCAUAAUCUGUCAGUCUCAUUGGCUACCAGACAAAUCGCCUGCCCACAAAUGCUACAGGUCCUUGAAAUUGUCAAAGAAAAGACCACUUAGAGGACAUUGGCUCGUCUAAAAUGUAACUGGAAACCAUUUAUUGAAAAUUUGGAAGCUGAAAAGAGUGAUAGUGAUAAGUUCACUUUAAUUUUGCACAAUAUACAAGGAUUAAGACAACAUUUUUUAGAUCUUCGUUCCCAACAACAAUUUAUGAAUGCAAACAUAAUUUGUUUGACUGAGACAUGGAUUAAUGAUGACAACAUUUUAAAUAUUUUUAUGGAUGAACAUGAAUUCUACCAUCAGCCACGUAGUCUUUCAUACAAUGAAUCUGGAAAUUCAGGCAAAUUUAAAGACCUAGCACACGGCGGCGUUGGAAUGUAUGUGAAGAAAAUUGACACGAGCAGAUUAAACAUAAAUGUGGAUAAUUUGGAGUUUAUUGCAGUUCUUAUUAGUAGAUCUCCUUCUCUUGUUGUUUCAGUCGUAUAUCGACCUCCUUCUUAUGAUAUUAAUCAUUUUUGUCAAAAUUUGACUGAUUUGAUAAAUGAACUGAAUAAAAGAUGCACAAGAUGUAUUAUAACAGGUGAUUUUAAUGAAAAUUUGAUGAAAGGAUCAUCAAAGAUACAUCAGUUAAUGUCUAUGAAUGGUUACAAACAGCAUGUUAUGAAUCCUACAACAGAGAGUGGAACAUUAAUAGAUCAUGUUUACAGUAAGGGAUUAGACUCAUUAGAAGCUGAAGUCAUUCCUGUGUAUUAUAGUUAUCAUGAAGCAAUUCAAGUAAUAUUUUAGUUGACGUGAAAUGAAAUAAAAAUACUCAUGUACCCGUUUUCUAUUGAAUUUUGGAAGUGUUUACUUAAGAUACAUUAUAGUAACAUCCUAAAUCAAGAAGCAUUAAUUUUGAGGCAUGUAAAAAAAAAUCAUAUUGAGUGUAAUAUGAUUGUGAAUGCAGUUUGUUAAUGUAUUAAAAUAUCUUGACUGUUAUUUAUCGUACGAUACAGAUGUCAAAAGGGAGGAGAAUGUUUAUCUGAUAUCUUAGAAAAGCAAGAAGGAAAGAAUAAAGGGUAAGUGUAGAUUUAAUUUUGUAUUGAUCAAAUAGUUAUGAUUGCAAAAUGAAAAAUUUAACAUAUUUUGAUAAAUGAAAGUCUGCAUAGAUUAUGAAUAAAGGCAAUUUUCAAAAGAGCUCUGCAUUUAUGAAUACAUUAAUUAAAAAAAAAGGAUAUUCAACCAAGUAUAUUUAAAUCAAGUUCAAAACAUUACAUUUCAUGUAAAGGACAUUAUGACAAUGCCUCCACCCACCAAAGGUGCUGCCAGAGACAUUAUGUUUUCGGGUUGUCCGUCCGUCCGUCCCACUUUCGUUCUCGCGAUAACUUAAAAACCAGUCAACUAAUCAACUUCAUACUCGGCUCGAGGACACCUAUUUGGGUGACGAUGAGCUGAGUAGUUUUUGGGUCCAAAGGUCAAAGGUCAAAGGUCAUAGAAUUCAAUAAAAUACAUAAGAAAUAGACCUUUCUCACAAAAAAUCAAAAACCCUUUGACAGAUCAAUUUCAAACUUGGCUCAUGUGUGCAUAUACAAGUGACAAUGAGCUGAUAAGUUUUGGGGUCUCAAGGUCAAAGGUCAAGGUCAUAAAAUUCAAUAAAAUACAUAAAAAAUAGACUAUUCUUGUAAUAACUCUAAAACCUUUUGACAGAUCAACUUUAAACUUGGCUCAUGUGUACAUAUACAAUAGACGAUGAGCUGAUUAAAUUUUUUGAAUGUCAAGGUCAAAGGUCAAGGUCAUAAAAUUCAAUAAAAUACAUCAAAAAUAGACCGAUCUCAUGAUAACUCCAAAACCCUUUAACAGAUCAACUUCAAAACUGGCUCAUGUGUGCAUAUACAGCUGACAAUGAUCUGAGUAGAUUUUGGGUCUCAAGGUCAAAGGUGAAGGUCAUAAAAUUCAAUAAAAUGCAUAAGAAAUAGAUUGUUCUAAUGAUAACUUUUAAACCCUUUGAAGGAUCAACUUCCAACUUUUUUCAUGUGUGCAUAUACAAGUGACAGUGAUCUGUUCAGAUUUUUGGUCUCAAGGUCACAGGAUUCAGUGAAGUUUAUAUGUUAUCUGACUAGAUUCUGCAGUCGCAAGAUCAAAGGUCUACUAUUUUAUACUUUAUGGAAAGAGAAACUAGGAUAUAUAUUUCUCGUCUGGCAGUGGCGGAGGCGUACAUUUCGACCGUGCGCAGUCAAAGAUUCGUCUGGUUUCAAAAUGCAAUUACUACUGCAAAGAUAUUUUAUUUUACAAUACAUGGUGUCAUAAGAAGCAUCAGUUUAUUAUUGCAACAGCAAUUAUCAAAAAGAAAUGAAACAGAAUUUGAAUCUAGUUUGGAAGUGAAAGAAAUGAAAACUUUCUACUAAGAAUGUGCUUUUAUUUUGAAUGAAUACAAAAAUCUUGUAAUUUAUAAUGACUACAUGGUAUACAUCGACUCAGAAAAAAGGUAGUCCAAGGGGGAGGGGGUUAUGGGACAAAGAUAUAUAAGUGUAUUGUGUAAUAGUUCUUAAUUUUCUUUACAUACCAUUUGCAGUUUCUGUAAUACACUGUGUAAUAAUGUUGUUCUCUCAAUGUUACUAUUAAGUACAGGUACCAACAAGAACCCAAACACCAACAAUGUGAUAACUCCUCUUGGGGAUUACUGCCUGACUUGCGGUUAUUAGACCGCUUUUCAUCUAAUGAUUUGGGACCAUGUAGGAGUGUGCAUAGUGUACAAAGCCAUUCAUUUAUGCAGUUUCACUCCAUUGGUUUGUAUUGAUGAAAUUUAUAUCCAAUCCCAAUCGGUGCCAUACAAGCCUGGUGUCUGUAAAUGCUCCUGUGAGUAAUGUGCUGACCAGGUUUAUCCCUCAAAUUGUUAGUGAACGGAGCAGCUGGAGGAUCCCAGCCCUUGGUGAUAAAUGCUGGGUAUUGUGGUGAAUAAUAAUGUUUAAUAUCAUCAAAACACUUGUCUACAAACAGGAAAAACAAUUUAGAAAUUUGUUUUAUUGACAAGAUUUGAUGAUGAUAACUUAUGAAAUUUAGAUAAUUGAAAAUGUGUCACAGAUAUGUAAUCCCCUCUCACCCAUAUUUAGUGUUUGUCGUCCAGUUAAUCAUUUGUCGUCCAGUUUAUCAUUACUCUAAACAAAAGACUUUAAUGAAGAACACACCUUCAAGACAAGGAUUGACUAACUCCUCACUACUUGCGCACUUAUUUCAAAGAAAAACGUUUAUCAACCAUAAUCUGUCAGUCUCAUUGGCUACCAGACAAAUCGCCUGCCCACAAAUGCUACAGGUCCUUGAAAUUGUCAAAGAAAAGACCACUUAGAGGACAUUGGCUCGUCUAAAAUGUAACUGGACUCUGUGAUGGGUCACUUUCUAUAAAUUUGUUUAUUAUCAUCUGAACAAUUUCAGCUUUCUUAUCAUUGCAGAAUUUUUGUUUAUUUUGAUUUUCAACAGUUUUUUUAAAUUAUAGUUCACAAUCUGCUUCAUAUGUAAACCCCAACUGAGAUGUGCAAUACAAAAAGAAAUCAAAAGUAAAUCAAUGAUUCAAGACUUAUAAAAGCCAUGUCCACCCCAAGAACAAAUGGAUUUGGACGAAAAGGGAAAAAUCAAACGAACAUGCUUUAUGCUGAAAAUUUCAUCAAAAUUGAAUGUUAUGUCAGUUCAAAGUUUUUCUGUAUUCAGCAAAACAGUUAUAUACACAUCAUGCUUUGUAUGCAAUUUAGAAAGUGAUGACAUCAAGUCACUAUUUCUUUUGUAUUUUUAUUAAAUAAAAUAUGAAAUAUUUCAUUUUUUCCUCCUUAGGAAACAAACCAAGUUUGAUUCUAUUCUCACAUUCUUCAUAAACCAUUGAUAAAACCUGUUGUGAAGAAAUUAAGUGUAUCUGUGUUAUCAUAUUUUCAAAAACAUGAAAUUUGGUAUGAUUUAUGUAAUAAAAUGCAAAAGAAGUAGUGAGUAUGUGACAUCAUCAACUCAUUGAUUUGGACAUGACCACGAUUUGGUUAUAACUGUUUUGUAUAAGAUAACCAAUAUUUUAAAAUUACAUUACUUUCUUAUUUUCCAUGCAAUUUGUAUUAAGUGUGUGACAUAAUGUUUCCUAGAUUGUCCUCUUUUGGUUCAAAUAAAUUUUUGUUGGGGGUGGACUACUCCUUUAAGGAAAGUGUCUUAAAUUGGUUACUUAUGUUACAUUUUUGUAUUGUUUUAUAUUAUCCAUUUACUACUGUUUUAUUUGUCACUGCACUUGAGUGUUUCGUGAUUACCAAUGUAUUCAGAUAAUUGGAAAUUCAGUUUUGCUGUUGUGAUUCUUUUGUGAAAUGGUGAUUGAAUGUAAAAAAGAAAAUUUGCAUCCAUUUUAGAUUUCAGUUCAUAUGUCUGCCUUUUGGAGAAACAGUUACCUGACUAGAUUUCAAAGUGUGAAGAUUGAAGGUCUAUAGUGUUUUUUUGUUCAUGGAAAUAGAAAGUAAGAAAUAUUUUUCUGGUCGGGCAGUGGCGGAGGCAUACAUUUUGACCGUGCACAGUCGAGAUUUAUCUAGUUUUCAAUGAGAAUUGUGGCAACAUCAUUUUAAUCACCAAAAAACAUAGAUUGUUUUGACUGAGUAAAAGUAGAAAUAAUGACACAUUUAUGAAUUUUGGGAGAAAAGUUUAUUUGAUUUGUUUUGAUCAUUACAGCAUUUUAAAGCCUGACAGUCAUUUACAUAAUAUUGCAUAACUUGAGAACCACAUAUAUGAAUUUGAUAUCGAACAAUGUGCAAAGCUUGUAUGUAAAUUGUGUUGAACCACUGUGUUGAUGAGUUCUCAACAUUGUCAGUUUUCACAGUUGAUUUAACACCACAAAAAAUUAAGCCAGUUAUAUUUAAAGAGAUCUUCAUUACCAAUUGACCUGCGUGAAUGGUAAAACAUCCCACUAUUCAUAAAGGAAAGUUAUUAUUUUAGUUUCUCUUUAUACAUCAGUAACUGACAUUGUCUAAAGCAAGCUAAAGAAUUUUUAUUCCUCUGCUCAUCAAAAGUGGUUGCCGGUGGCAUUAUGUUUUGGAUUAUCCGUCUGUUCGUCCAUCCGUUCAUCUGUCUGUUCAUUCCAUUUUUGUUCUCGCAGUAACUCAAAAACCAUUUCACAGAUCAACUUCAACUUGGACCAUAUAUGCAUUAGGUGCUCAAAAUGAUUUCACACAUGCGUAUGCAUGUAUGUAUCGUUAGAAAAAAAUUAAUAUUCAUAUUCUGUUGGUACAUGAUCUCAUUAUUUAGGGUUAACAGAUCAAGGUCAAGGUCAGAAAGUUCAAGCAAGUACAUAAUAAAUACUCUGUUCUUGCUACAACUCAAAAACAGUUUCAUGGAUUCACUUGAAACUUGAAUCCUGUAUGGAAUGGCGGUGAAGAAGAUCUCAUCAGUUUAAAGGUCAUGAGGUCAGAGGUCAAGUUCACAAAAUAAAAAAAAAAUAGAUAAAAAUACUCAUUUUUACUUUUACAAUUUUGUAGAUCAUCUUGUAACUUUGAUUGUGUAUGCAUCUGUAAUGAAUUUUUGCUUUUCGCUUAAUGGACUUUUUGCAAAAAAUAUCAAACAACAAAAAUGGUCUACUCCACCAGGCCCCCCCCCCCCCCCCUCUUCCCAGUGAAUUGUUAAACUAAGCAUCACUUUUCUGUUUAGAUGCAGUAUUUUGCAAUAAUACAUUAUAUGAAUGAAACUUUAUGUAUGUAGUCUGUGUAUGUAUUUAGGAUCCCUAUGAUAUUGGAAUAACAAUGUAAGCCCAAGCCUUCAGGGCUUUGGGUAACAGUUAAAAUGCUGUGAACCUUUUAAUUUGAUUAUUAUGAAUUAUUUGUUGAUCAUUGUUAUUGUAUUUAUAUUUUCUUUUUUAUGUUCAGAAAUCUGUCAUUAUCUUUUAUGGCUUUUGAUUGUACAAAUAAAGAUAGAAAAUAAAAAUACUAAAGAGUA